AUGGCGCUGGUGUCGGUACGUGAUUACGAGCAGCGGGCGCACGAAAUCAUUCCCCGGAAUGCGCUGGACUACUAUCGGAGCGGUGCCGGCGACGAGCUGUCGCUCCAUCUCAACCGAACCGGUUUCGAUCGCUUGCGCAUCCGGCCGCGGAUGCUGCAGGGUGGGUCCACGCGCGACCUGACCUGCACCGUGUUCGGCGAACGGUUCGCACUGCCCAUCGCCAUCUCCCCGACCGCCAUGCAGCGGAUGGCCCAUCCCGAGGGUGAGGUGGCGAACGCGAAGGCGGCCGCCAACAGGCAGGUCCUCUUCACGCUAAGCACCAUCAGCACGAGCUCGCUCGAGGAGGUGGCCGAUGCGACACCGAACGCACCGAAGUGGUUCCAGCUGUACAUCUACCGCGAUCGCCAGCUGACGGAGAGUUUGGUGCGCCGGGCGGAAAAGGCCGGCUAUCGGGCGAUCGUGCUGACGGUCGACGCACCGCUGUUUGGCUUGCGACGGGCCGAUAUGCGCAACAAAUUUUCACUACCGCCCCAUCUGACGAUGGCGAAUUUCGUUGGAAAAGCCUCGAACAUUCGCAGCCAGGGUGGUUCGGGCAUCAACGAGUACAUUGCCGAACAGCUCGAUCCCACACUGUCCUGGGACGACGUGAAGUGGCUGCUCAGAUUCACCAAACUGCCCGUCAUCGUGAAAGGCAUUCUGACGCGCGAGGACGCCAUCAUUGCGGCCGAUCUCGGCGUACACGGUAUAUUCGUUUCGAACCAUGGCGCCCGGCAACUGGAUUCCGUUCCCGCCUCGAUUGAAGCUUUGCCGGAAAUUGUGGCGGCGGUUGGAGACCGUGUGGAAAUAUUUCUUGACGGAGGCAUUACCCAGGGAACGGAUGUGUUCAAGGCGCUGGCACUUGGCGCACGGAUGGUAUUCUUCGGCCGACCAGCACUUUGGGGAUUGGCCGUUAAUGGGCAGGCGGGUGUUGAGCACGUGUUGGAUGUAUUGCGCAACGAGCUAGACCUGACGAUGGCUCUCGCCGGCUGUAAAACGCUCGCAGACAUCACCAAGGACUAUGUGGUACACGAGAAUUAUUACAGCAAGCUUUAA